AGGAUAUGGCUGUUGGUCAUCGUCGAGCAGACUGAGAGGCUAAAAACAGCGAACACGAUUAUUUCUCUGAUUUCAGAAAAUCAAGGCAGCAGCGAGUGAACAGCAGAUUAGUUUGAAUUGCAGAAAACAGAAGAUCUACAAUCUCCGAGUAAUUUUAUACACUUCGUCUCAACUGCAUUCUAAUACAGUAAUUGCUGCAGUUAACCUGCAAAAUGCAAGCUGUUCGUCAGUGUUCAGUGUGUGCCAGCCGUGCUGCUGCAGGACAUCUGAGGAAUCAGAUGGACGUUUCAUUGCUGCAGACCAACAAGAAUGCGCUGAGGAGAGGAGCAGCCUGUGUCCGUUUCCUGAGCAAUUCUGAACGUGUUGAACUCAGUAGCAGGAAGCUUGGAGUCCAGAAACUGGGAGAAAGGAAAGAUGCUGCGCACACGAACAUAGCAUCCUUAAGUGUCGGCAGUGGGCCACAUGCUUUCCCUUUCCCACAGCAAGUGGAGAACUUGUCUCAUGACUCCCUGAUCAGAAGAGCAGCCUCAGUGCUUACAGACAGUUCAAGUACUUUUCUCUCCCAGACCACCUUGGCUCUCAUAGAUGCCCUUGCAGACUACUCAACGGCUGUGUAUACACGCAUUGCUGUCCAAAGACGGUAUUUAGCCUCACUGGGAAAACUGACCCCAGCAGAGGAAGACUCGCUCCUGGAGGUUAUCAAUAGCCAGCGUGCACAGAUUAGUGAGAGACUAGAUGAAUGCCGACGUUUUGAGACAAGCUGGAUCAGUGCUGUCAACUUGAGCAAACUGGCAGCUGAGGCAGCACACGCUUCAGGAGCUGAACAGGCAUCCAUCAUAGUGAGGACAAACAUUCAGGUGGCACAGUCGCAGGUGGAAGAGGUACGGAAACGGUCAGCGGAUGCAGAUAAGAAGUUGGCUGAGACUAAAGUGGAAGAGAUUCAAAGGAUGGCAGAAUACGCUGCAUUUCGAGAAGAUAGUGAGGAGCCUGAGCUGCACGAGGCUUAUCUACGAGAGGAUUAAGACAAAUUGGCACAGAUAUUAGAAAAAUGUAAAGAAAAGAAAAAGAUGUAUGCUUUCACCUUAGAAAGUUUUGAGCUUAUCUAAUUUCCUUUUUGAGCCUGUAAGAUUUUUUCUUAUUUGCAAUCAGAAUUUGAAAGUGGAAUGAAAUGAAUUGUAACGAUUUGCUAUUCUUUACUACUGCAUAAAUCAUUAUUUAAGACUAUUUAUUUGAUUAGCAUUUGUCUGCUGCGCUUGGAGCUUCUGGAACUUGAUUAUUGAAUCUCCAGCGUAUAUUGUAUGGUAUUUGGAAUUAUCUAACAUCAGAUCAUAACGCUGUAUAUCGUGUGUUUUACUGUAACAAACAAUUUUCUUUUAUAAAACUAUUGCUGUCUUGUUUUCACUCAACAGCAAAAAAUAAAAUUAAUUGAUGCAUUUGA